UCAAAGGAUACAAUAGCCAUGUAAUGAUCUCAGCCGUACUCGAAUGGAUACAUGCUGAGCUCAACGACCAGGAAUGGCAUCUCCCAAGAGUUCCCCUUCAUCUCCUAGCAGGCGUAAACCGGGUGCCAACGGUGCCAAGUCGCCAGUUCGGAAGAAUCAAGGUCCAAAGCAGACCCUCACCGCUGCCACUGAGCUGAUACCGGAAGGGGAUGACAGAUGGGCUCCACCGGCAUGGGUACAAACAGUGCUGCUAGCCCACAACGAAAAGCGGGCUGCGCAUUGGACGCCACCCUUGGUGUGGAGUCAAGAGUGCUACGAGCACGCCAGGAUGCAAGCACAGGCAUGUGAAGCAGCUGAGCGGCGUUUGACCAAGAACUUCAUCGAGAGUUUGAGUGGUCGACACGGGCAGAACUUGCUUGGGCCUUCAAGGAAGGAGCUGAAGUGGGACCAAACAGCUGUGGAGCACGUGGUCAGCCAGUGGUACAGCGAGCAGGAACUCUAUGAGUUUUCACGUCCCGGACCGCAGAAAGGCUGUGUGAAUUUCAUUCAGAUGAUGUGGGCUGGUACAUGCUCAGUUGGAAUGGCCCUCUCGUCAAAUGGCAGAUACUGCGUGGCAAACUAUUUUCCGGCGGUCGGAAAUGUGCUUUCGUACAAGUACGAAACAAACUUGAAGCCGCCACGCGGCUUGCCACCGCCCUGGGUCAGCACGGGCGAGGAGGAGCUUCCAGAGAUCUAUCAAAAGGCGCCCUGCGCCGAAUCAAACUGGAAGCGACAUGAGGAGGUCACCUUGCUCCUCGCAGACGGUGCCAAGUACAAACCAUUGGAUUGCUUGUCGGUUGAACUUCCAGAUUUGGAUCCUGUGCAUUGCUGACAUUGCUCACAGUCUCACCCAAAACGACGAAAUAGAGCCUUAGGAUCUUUCGUGCAACCGUGCCGCCAGUG